UUCCUCCAUUUCUUCAUCUCUUCCAUCUAACAUUACUCCAUUUUUCAUUUUUUCUUCUUCUCAACCCCACAACAUUUUCCAUUUAUACACCUCCCAUUUGCAUUUCCACCUUGGUGAAUACACCAAGAAAUACAAAGCAGAUUGGUGUUCAUUUCCACGAUGUCGAACCGAAGGUCGUCGAGGCAGUCGGGUGGAGGCGUUUCCCGGAUUUCCGAUGAUCAGAUAAUUGAACUUGUCUCCAAGUUAGGGCAGCUUCUUCCGGAGAUCCGCAAUAGCCGAUCUGACAAGGUAUCAGCGUCCAAGGUUUUACAAGAGACAUGCAAUUACGUUAGAAGCUUGCAUAAGGAGGUGGACGAUCUAAGCGACCGACUCUCUCAGGUCUUGGCUACCAUUGAUGCCGAUAGUGCCGAGGCUGCUAUAAUUAGGAGUUUACUUAAGUAAUAAUAAACCAAAUUAUUAUUAGGGUAAAAUACACAAAUGUUAUCGAUUAUAGAGUGUUGUUUUGUUGAGUC